CCUUUGCUUCUCUGGGCUCUCCAGAGGGUGUGGAGCCUCCGGAAUCGCUGUGGUGAUGGAUUCUGCCAGCCUGGCACGCGGCCCCUGGAGCAGAGUGCUGGCAGGGGUUAUUUACAGCUUCCCAGGCCACAAAUCCAGGGAGAAAAGUGGGAAUGGGACUGCUUGGGAUGGCUGCACCCUGCCCAGCUGGUCAGCGAGAAGGUCGGAGGGGCCGAAGGGACCAAGUUAGACGAUGACUUCAAGGAGAUGGAAAAGAAAGUGGACCUGACCAGCAAGGCUGUGACAGAAGUGCUGACCAGAACCAUAGAGUACCUCCAGCCCAACCCAGCUUCCAGAGCCAAGCUCACCAUGCUCAACACCAUGUCCAAGAUCCGCGGGCAGGUGAAGAACCCCGGCUACCCCCAGUCCGAGGGGCUGCUGGGGGAGUGCAUGAUCCGCUACGGGAAGGAGCUGGGAGAGGAUUCCAACUUCGGGGACGCGCUCCUCGACGCCGGCGAGUCCAUGAAACGCCUGGCAGAGGUGAAGGACUCGCUGGACAUCGAAGUCAAACAAAACUUCAUUGAUCCCCUGCAGAACCUGUGUGACAAAGACCUGAAAGAGAUCCAGCACCACCUCAAGAAGCUGGAAGGGAGGCGCCUGGACUUCGACUACAAGAAGAAGCGACAGGGCAAGAUCCCCGAUGAGGAGCUCCGGCAGGCCAUGGAGAAGUUUGAGGAGUCCAAGGAAGUGGCAGAGACCAGCAUGCACAACCUCCUGGAGACGGAUAUCGAGCAGGUGAGCCAGCUGUCAGCCCUGGUGGACGCCCAGCUGGAUUACCACAGGCAGGCCGUGCAGAUCCUGGACGAGCUCGCCGAGAAGCUCAAGCGCAGGAUGAGGGAGGCGUCCUCGCGUCCCAAGCGGGAAUACAAACCCAAGCCCAGGGAGACCUACGACUUCAGGGACACCGACCAGUCCAACGGGGGCUUCUCCUGCAACCCCACCCCCAAAGUCUCAGGUAAGGCUGUCCCAGGUGUUCUCUGCUGCCUCUGGAGCAGCCUCCCAGGGAAGGAGGGCAGCUGCUGUUGGAUGUUCCCGGUGUGCUGGAUGCUCCUGCGUGAGCCCACGGCUCUGGAAAACGUCGGGAAUGCCUCUAGAUCAGGCUGUUUUCUCCUGGGACCCAGGAGCCUGUGCUGUGUUGGCUUUGGGGAUGUGCCAGAGGGGUCUCCAGCCUGGGCCUCUCGCUGGCAGUGCCAGACAGGAAAACCGAAGCCUCCCUCCCUCCUUGUCUUCCAUCCGCUGCAUCCCUCCCUCCCCGAUCCCAGCAGGUUCCUAACAGCAUGGGGGUCCUGCUUUUCUCCUAACAGACCCCUCUGGGCCCUGCCUGUCCCUGUCUCCCGUCCCCGUUGGUUUAAGCAUGUCUCUCUUUUGUUUGGAAGCAGCUUCCACCUCUUUCCGGUCGGACAAGCCGUCCCGCUCCUCCGUCAGGAGUAUCCCCCCCCUGGACCAGCCCUGCUGCAAAGCCCUCUACGACUUCGAGCCCGAGAACGACGGCGAGCUGGGCUUCAAGGAGGGCGACAUCAUCACCCUGACGAACCAGAUCGACGAGAACUGGUACGAGGGGAUGAUCCACGGCCAGUCCGGCUUCUUCCCGCUCAACUACGUGGAAGUGCUGGUCCCGCUACCUCAGUGAAACGGCGCCGCUCCCGCCCCGAGUGUCCCGAGCUCCAUUCCAGCUCCAGCCCGCCCUCCCCGCGUCACCUCGGGGCCAGGCGCUCCCAGGGAACAAACCAGAAGGGUCCCACGGCCCCUUCCCCCCAGCAGUUUGGUUCUUUUCCUUUUUUUUUUUUCUUUUUUUCUUUAUUUUGUCCUUCUGGUGCUUGAACUUCGGUACUUUGCCCACCCCCAGCCCCGGGCAGCUCUGCCCUGGCCCUUCCCAGUCCCUGUCCUUCCCUUGGAUCCAGUGCCCAGAUGAGCCAGGUGGGAGAGCUGGGAUGGACACACAGGGAUGAGCUGGGAUGGACACACAGGAGAGCUGGGAUGUGUCCUGGACACACAGGGAUGAACUGGGAUGGACACUGGGAUGAGCUGGGAUGUGUCCUGGACACACAGGGAUGAACUGGGAUGGACACUGGGGAUGUGUCCUGGACACUGGGAUGAGCUGGGAUGGACACACAGGAGAGCUGGGAUGUGUCCUGGACACAGAGAUGAGCUGGGAUGGACACAGGGAUGAGCUGGGAUGUGUCCUGGACACACUGGGAUGAACUGGGAUGUGUCCUGGACACACAGGGAUGAACUGGGAUGUGUCCUGGACACACAGGAGAGCUGGGAUGUGUCCUGGGGAUGUGUCCUGGACACUGGGAUGAGCUGGGAUGGACACUGGGAUGAGCUGGGAUGUGUCCUGGGGAUGUGUCCUGGGGAUGUGUCCUGGACAUGCUGCCCCAGGGCAGGGCAGCCCCAGCGAGCGCUGCCCCGUCCCCACGGAUCCCCGAGGGAUCAGGGGAGGGCAGCUGGGGCACAGCAACACUAAAACACGCAGAGAACACUAAGGCAGCCCUGCAGGGCAGGUGCUGAGCCCUGCCUGGGGCUCUCAGAGCCGCCCCUGCCCAUCCCGGAGGGACAGGAACGAUGUCCCCUCCCCGCAGAGCUCAGCCCCCGGGGGGAGCCUGCUCCUUCUGCCCGUGGUUCUUUCCUGGAGCUGAGGCUGUUCCUGCUACAAACUCCCCGCAGUCGCUCGCACCCGAGGAUUCUCAGGAGGGAGAGGAGCUGGGUCCCAGCCCGGGCUGUGUCUGUGGUGGGGCAGAGCUUGUGGCUCCUGUGCCCGGGGCUCUGCACGUUCCCCCUUCCCGGGGAUCCCUCCUGGGGCUGGAGCCCCUCAGGUGCCUCCCCUGGCCCCCAGCCUGCCCAGAGCCCCCUCCCCUGCUGCGGUGGGACAAGGGCUGGUUCAUCUCAGUGUCACCUCUGUCCCCCUGCUCCCUCAGCUGUCCUUCCCGGGGGCCGGGCUGGGCACAGCAGCUUGCUGGGCUCCGAGCUUUUCCUCCCUACAAAAGUGGGUUCUCCCCUGGUGGAGCCCCAGCUCCGAGCAGGGCUGUGCUGCAGGGGCUUUGUGUGUCCGUGUGUCUGUCUGACCCCGCUGUCCCCUCCCCGGUGGGAGCGGGGUCACGGCCCGGGGACCCCGGCUCCCGCUCAGGUGGAUUGAAACGCGUUCUGUCAGCUGGGACAACUCGCUCCAGUUUGUUUUGUUUUGUUUUGUUUGUUUUUCUUUUUUUGGGUUUUGGUUUUUGGUUUUUUUUUUUUGGUAAUGGUUUCUCCUGGUUUUUAGGGGAAAAAAUGAUGACCCACAAUUCUUGACUUGUAUCUCUGAAUGAAAGUAUUAAAUGUUUUCUUCUUUCUAA